CUUUCGCGCUGCUACAUUGUAUCUUUUAUCUUCGUGGUUACUAAUGAUACAUACAUCGUGCAUGUUUAUCGCGUUUAAAGUGACAGUUUUAGUCAAAGUGAAUGUCUAUAGUCAGAGAUAUGAAGCACAUCUCUCAGGUCCGUGAGCUGUUGAGAGAGCUGAUUUUGGGCCGUGAGGAUCCGGACGGUUUUUUCGGGCUCUGUUUGUCUCUGCUGGGGGACACAGACACCAGAACACUCUUUCUGGAUGUAAUCAAACCCCUUUUACCCGGACACGAGCAUCUACACAGUCAACUGACAACAGUCUUUCUGGAGUAUUUCUCAAAGGAUGAAGAAGAUGAAUUAGAGUUGGCCUUAACACUCUCUCUCCAUGAAACCAAACAAGAGGUCAAACUGCAUGGUUCAGAUCGCCAACCUUACUUGCCUUCCAAAAGCUAUGCCAGACUGGCUUCAGGAUGUUCAGGUGUUGUUCAAGCUGAAGUCAGAGGACUGGAGACACAUCGUAUCACAAAAUGGACCCCAGACACUGAAGUACAUCAAACCAUAUGUGACAUUAAAAAGGAGCAGAACCAAUCAAGAAAUUCAACAAGAUCACAAAGGCGUCGACAACGCAAGAAGCAGCAUUUGUUGAAAAACCUGUCUGGCCCACAACCUGUUCUGCUGUGGUUUCGAAGAGACCUCCGCAUGUGGGACAACCCUGCUCUGAUUGGCUGCCUGGAGCUUGGUGCACCAAUCAUACCAGUCUUCCUGUGGAAUGCAGUGGAGGAGGAGGGUCCAGGGGUUACUGUCGCGGCAGGUGGGGCAUCUAAAUACUGGCUGCACCAGGCACUAGUGAGUCUGAAUCUCUCUCUUGAGCAGCGUGGAAGCCACUUGGUGAUGCAGAAAGCAGAGCCCUCAUCCUUGGCUGCCCUACAGGGAUUAAUAUCAGAGACAGGGGCGAGAUCGGUUGUGGCGACAGCCCUGUAUGAGCCAUGGUUGAAGGAAAGAGAUGAUAGUGUAUGGAAGACACUGGAGAAACAAGAAAUUAAGUGCCACAUUUACCACUCCUACUGCCUGAGAGACCCCUACAUGGUCACCACGAAGGGUGUUGGACUGCGAGGUAUUGGUUCUGUCUCUCACUUUAUGAGCUGUUGCCAGCAGAACCCUGGCAGUGGAUUGGGCACUCCACUAGAUGCCCCCAGUGUCCUGCCUGCUCCAUCAACAUGGCCACAGGGAUGCCCUCUUGUUGAUCUGGAGCUGGCACGCAUGCCACGCAGGAAAGAUGGCACUGAGAUUGACUGGGCUGCGAACAUUUGGAAAUCAUGGGACUUCAGUGAGGAAGGAGCUCAGGCCCGUCUUGAGGCUUUCCUGCGAAAUGGUGUGUACCGGUAUGAGAAAGAGUCAAGUCGUGCAGAUGAUCCCAACACCAGCUCUCUGUCUCCGUAUCUUCACUUUGGGCAGCUGAGUGCACGCUGGUUAUUAUGGGAUGCCCGUGGAGCUCGAUGCAGACCUCCCAAGUUCCAGCGUAAAUUGGCAUGGAGGGAUCUGGCGUACUGGCAGCUGUGCCUUUUCCCGGACCUGCCCUGGGAGUCAGUCAGACCCCCAUACAAGGCUCUGCGCUGGAGUUCAGACCGUGCUUAUCUGAAGGCAUGGCAGCGUGGACGCACAGGUUACCCACUGGUGGAUGCAGCAAUGAGACAGCUGUGGCUAACUGGCUGGAUGAACAACUACAUGAGACAUGUGGUGGCCUCCUUCCUUAUUGCCUAUCUACAUAUUCCCUGGCAGGAAGGAUACCGCUGGUUUCAGGACACACUGGUAGAUGCUGAUGUUGCCAUAGAUGCAAUGAUGUGGCAGAAUGGAGGGAUGUGUGGACUGGACCAUUGGAACUUUGUCAUGCAUCCCGUUGAUGCGGCGCUGACCUGUGACCCCUAUGGCGCUUAUGUGAGACAGUGGUGUUCUGAACUGUCGGCACUUCCUGAUGACCUCAUCCAUAAGCCCUGGAAGUGUCCCGCUUCACUUCUGCGCAGGGCAGGUGUGGUUUUAGGAGGUAACUACCCAGAGCGGAUCAUUGUUGACCUUGAGAAGCAGCGUGCACAGUCUCUGCAGGAUGUUGCAUCAGUAAGGCGCCGUUUCAGGGAGUUUGUUGACCAGCGAUCAGGCUGUGACCUGGUUCCUCUGCCUACCAGGCUGGUCCAGGAAGCUCUGGGCAGUGUGGAGGAUGUUGUGAGGCGUGAAGGAACCGGGUUCCUCCUUCCAGUCAUCACACGCAUGGAGUUUAAAUGCCAGUCUGAGGAUCCAGACGUCCAAGACAACCCGUACAGCGCUGUGCUUAAAGGCUACGUCAGUCGCAAACGUGACGAUACCAUUGCCUUCCUAAAUGAACGAGACUUCACAGCCAGUGUGAUGUGCGAGAGUGCACAGCGUAGAGAGAGGCUAGAGAGGGACUGUUGUCUCCUCGAAGGUCUACCGCGACCCACAGCCCCACGUGGAAGGGCAAGGCGGACCCCAACCAGAGACCCUUACAGCAAAGUGCCCGGAGGUGUCGCCAUUCCUCGAAAAUAACAGAUUAACUGACAUGUCAAUGCCUAGAACUCAGCCAAUGAGUGCAUUUACAGGCACACCAAUAUGCUGAUAACUGCCAAAAAUCAGCGAUGUCUCAAAUUGUGUGAUGUUGAGAAGUGUGCUAUUACUUUUCUAAGCUGUCUGACUUUAUUUUCGCCUGGUGGGUGAAAAAAUCCCAUAGACUUACGCUGAAGGAGGGACCCCAGCCUUAUUUUUGUAAUUAAUAUUUUUUAUUGAUUCAAAGAGAAAGCACAACAGAGAAAAACACAACAUAUACACACCAAAUCAACAUUUAACUUUUAACACUCAUUAACAUCCCUCCCCAAACACCAACCCCACCCUACCCCAAAGAACACCCCUAUGGUCACAUAAAAUAACACACACACACAAACAAUAAAAUAAAAAAAUAAAAAUAAAUAAAAUAUAUAAUAAAAAUACAUAAUUAAACUAAACACUCUCCCUUCCCCUAGAGUCCUCCAAAACUGCCAAAUACCUACCCCACUUCCUGAAAAAUAAGUCCUCCCGCCCCAGCCUUCUAUCUAUCAUCCUCUCAUAAGCCACCACCCUCCCCAUCUCCGCACACCACUCCGGAAAUGGUGGCGCUCCAUCUGACUUCCAUCCCCUUAAAAUAACUUGUCUACCGAUCAUCACGCCAGUCAGAACCCAAUUUUUUAUAUAUUUGUCGCCCGAAUUUAUAACUUCCCCAUCGCCCAAAAUGCAAAGUCUGAGGCAAAGCAAAACCCAAGUGCCCAGAACGUCAUGCAAACAAUUCUGAAUCUUUAACCAAAAAUAUUGGAUCUUAACGCAUCCCCAAAAAACAUGGGCUAUGUCUCCAACUUCUGAUUGGCAUUGCCAGCGUGUGGGUGUUUCUUUAAGACCAAGCCUAUAUAAUCUAGAGGGGGUCCAAUAAAAUCUUUGUAAAAUCUUAAAUUGCGUAAGGCGAACCCUUGCAUCUCGACAUUUUUCAGAAUCUUAGUCCACACUCCAUCCUCCAAUACCAAAUUCAAAUCUUUCUCCCAUAAUUUCUUAAUAGAAGUUAAAGCUCCAUCCCCCAGACUUUGAAUUAACAGGGAGUAGUACACUGAUGCCUCAUGACCUUUUCCAAAAGCCGCAAUCACCUCUCCCAAAGCAUCUGCCUCCUCAGGGGGUUGUGUGCUACUCCCAAAAAUAGUACAAAGCAGGUGGCACAAUUGUAAAUACCUAUAAAACUGAGGACUGGGGAUCCCAAAAUGUUGGACCAAGUUUUCAAACAAUCUCAACACUCCACUUUCAUAUAGGUGUAAGCAACUGAGUGUAGCAACCCCCCUCACAAUCCACUCUGGCCAACAGAAAGUGGACUUCCCAAUACAUAGUCUUGGGUUCUGCCAUAUGCUCGAGGCAACAUUUAAAUAAGUGUCCAAUUUAAACAAUCUGGACACUUUAGUUCAUACCGAGUGUAAAUGCAAAAUAACGGGAUGUAACUUAACUUUUCCAAUUAGUUUGAUAGAGAUGCUUUGUAAUGGCGAAAUAGGGGCAAGAACUGCCUGUUCAAUAACAAACCAGGGAGGGGCUCUCUCAGGUGGAAGUGACCAAUGAGCCAAAUGUCUGAGACUGAACGCAUAGUAAUAAAACAAAAUCUUGAGUAGGCCUAACCCUCCUUUGUCUAUCGGCCUAUGUAACUUAUUAAAAUGCAAUCUGGGACGUUUACCAUUCCAAAUGAAGGACUUCGCUAUGCUAUCGAAUUGCUUGAAAUAAGAGAGGGGGACAUCUACAGGUAGGGACUGUAGCAGGUAGUUAAAUUUUGGAAUACAAUUCAUUUUAAUAACAUUAACCUUUCCAAUCAUCGAUUAAUGUAAUGAAGCCCACCUGCCCACAUCGCUCGAAAAUCUUUUUAUUAAAGGGUCAAAAUUGACACUAACUAAAUCACACAAAUUUGCUGGGAAUAAAAUCCCCAAAUACUUAAUGCCCUGUUUGGGCCAUUGGAAGGCGCCCGGCUGGAAAGCCGUUACUGGACAGUACACUGUCAGAGCCAAAGCUUCAGAUUUAGACCAAUUAACUCUGUAUCCUGAGAACUUGGAAAAGGAAUGAAUAAUUCUGUGGAGGCAAGGCAUAGAUCUAGUAAAUUCAGAGACAAAUAAUAAAAUAUCAUCUGCGUAAAGCAGAAGCUUAUGCGGCACACCUCCCGCCACCACCCCUGGAAAAUCCUCCUUUCUUAUCGCGGCUGCUAAUGGUUCCAGGGCAAGACAGAACAAUAAAGGGGAAAGAGGGCAGCCCUGCCGAGUUCCCCUAUCCAGAGUAAAAUAAUCUGAAAUUAAUCCAUUUGUUUGUAUCGCUGCUACAGGGUGUUUAUAAAGUAACUUAAUCCAACCAAUAAAUGUACUCCCAAACCCAUACAUUUCCAAAAUCUUAAAAAGAUAAUCCCAUUCUACCAUAUCAAACGCCUUUUCGGCGUCAAGUGAGAUGGCAGCAACCGGAGACUGAUCAUUCGCCACUGACCACAUAAUAUUGAUGAGACGCCUGAUGUUAUCAGAAGAGCUACGGCCUCGAAUAAACCCCACCUGAUCUAUAUGUAUAAGAGAUGUCGUAACUUUACUUAAUCGGUUAGCCAAAAUUUUGGACAAUAUUUUUACAUCUAGUUGGAUCAGGGAAAUUGGACGGUAACUUUUACACUCACUUGGAUCUUUGUCCUUUUUAAGAAUCAGACUGAUCCGGGCUUGUGUCAUGGUUGGAGGAAGCUUUCCAUUCUUUAAUGAUUCAGUAUAGACUUCUAACAAAAGUGGAGCCAGUUCUGUAGCAUAGGAUCUAUAAAAUUCAGUGGCAAAACCAUCUGGCCAAUAAGUGUCCAAUUUAAACAAUCUGGACACUUUAGUCCAUACCGAGUGUAAAUGCGAAAUAACGGGAUGUCCCUACCUACCUUGCCAGUAGGUAGGGACUUAAUUAUCUCGUUAAGCUCCUCUAAGGUUAUCUCAGAAUCAAGAGAGUUUUUUUGCUCAAUCGUCAGUUUAGGAAGUUCUAAUGGUUCCACAAAGUUUCUAAUAUCUUCAUCAAUAGAUGAAGACAUGGAACUAUAAAGAUCUAUAUAGAACUCUUUAAAGGCAUUAUUAAUAUCAAUGGCUGAAGUAAAAAGUAAAAAUCCACGGAGGUGAUUUGGAUCUGACAAUGUAAAAAUUAUUAAUUUCAUGUAUUUAUAAACAACGCUAUAAAAAAGUACUUUAAGUACUCAUGGGUCAAUUUGACCCGGUUCUUAUAAAGACUUAUUUAAAUGGUAGACAGUUCAAAAUGUUGCAAGUGCAAUCAUACUCAUAAUUGCACGCAAACACACACACACACACACAAACACACUAACAUAUGUUGUCACAAUAUUAUUAGAAAAAUACACUGCCUGGCCAAAAAAAAAAAAAAAGUUGCAUACUCUAAUAUUCCGUUGGACCACCUUUAGCUUUGAUUACAGCGCACAUUCAUCGAGGCAUCCUUUCGACAACCUUAUGCAAUGUCACAUUUAUUUCCAUACAGUUGCAUUAAUUUUUGGUUAAAUUAAUUAAUUCUUGUAUUGAUGACGGGAGAGUCGAACCACUCCGUAAAGUCUUCUCCAGCACAUCCCAAAGACUUUCAAUGGGGUUAAGGUCAGGACUCUGUGGUGACCAAUUCAUGUGUGAAAAUGAUUCCUCAUGCUCCCUGAACCACUCUUUCACAAUAUGAGCCCGAUGAAUCUUGCAUUGUCAAUGCCAUCAGGGAAGAAAAAAUCCAUUGAUGGGAUAACCUGUCAUUCAGUACAUUCAGGUAGUCAGCUAACUUCAUUUUACUGUCGCAUAACAUUGCUGAGCCUAGACCUAACCAAAUGAAGCAACUCCAGAUCAUAACACUGCCUUUUUUUUUGGCCAGGCAGUGUAUAAAAACAAUGGAAGUUAAUGGAAAUAAAUGUGUGUAUGUGUGUGUGGUUCAAGCAAGACCUGACCCACACCCACACAAACAUAAAUACAUACUGUACAUACAUAUUUUUAAAUGUAAAUUUGGAGCAUUUGCUGUAUAUAAACUUAGUACAUUUUACAUUUGUGAAUUACUGAAAGGUUAGUCGAUGAUAAAAGUUGUUGGGGUGAAAAUGUCACUUAUUAACUGUGAUUUAAUAAGCUGGGUCAAUUUGACCCACUAAUUGCAACAGUGGUACUUGACUACCAAGACCAAGGAAAAGUCAAAUUGAUUUAAGGUUAAUUUGCAGAGUUGCAGUGUUCUUGUGUUUUGAAAUUAUUGCUAAUUAAAGAAACCCUUUUAAAGCAGG